CCCCCCCCCCACACACACUUAAGCACGACAUUGCCCUCAAUGGAGCAGAGGGAUACAAAAGGGGAACGAUGUUACCGGAUUGAAAUGCUGCGGGAGACUGGAAGUGGACCAGUCAGCGGGGGACAUAUGGAACGAACAGACAGUUCUGCACUAAGGGAACACCAAGAACACACUAGCGCAUGUUCGUUAGGGAUCAGAGUUGGACCAGAUGGCCACAAAAGAAACAAUCCACAAAAGAAAAGAAACAAAACACACGACAAACUCAGUUCAAGCUCCUCAAACACAUGGAGCAAACAGAAAAAAGUUUAAAACAAAAACACACACUGAGGGGCGACAAGUACAGCCUACUCGACGCCAAGGUUGUCCAAAUCGAUGUCAUUCAUGAAUGCAUCAUCAUCAUCAGCAGGUGGAGGUGGAAGUGGAGAGUCCUCCCAGGGAGUCCUCCAGACUGGUUGCGCGCCCGGUAGCAGCUGGAGCAGGUGCUGCUGGACUUCCUGCAUGCGCCGAGAACGGGCCUACUCCCUCUCAAUACGAGCCAGGGUCACACCCUGCUGGGUCUCCAUCCGAUCCAGACGCUCAUCACAAGCGGCCAUCCGGGUCUGGUACUCGGCAUGGUGAGUCGAAUACUGCUGCUGAAACUGGAGCUGAUGGUCGUAGAGCUGCUGAUUCUGGAGACGCACUGCUCGAACUACUGAUUGAAGUAGUCCUGGCCGGGGAAAGUGGAGCUGCCACCCCUGUACUCGAAGGUGGUGGGGCGGGCGAUAGCAGUUUCAUCCACAUCCUCGGGAUGGACCUCCUCAUCAGCCACACCCUUACGAGCCUCCGGCUGGACCUCCUCUAGGAUAUGAGGUUGAGGAAACCCCUC